CCGGAUCCAGCCAGGGAUUCACCCCCUGCUUUGCUUCCCCCCUUUGCUCACUCGCUGCUGCCAGCUCAGCGUCGUGGUGUGUCGUGACUGCAGCUGGCGUGCGUCUGCUCCUUCUGUUUUCGCGGCGAUCACGUAGUGCUUGCAAGCAUGGCACCCUCGCUCUUCACCUACAUCUCUGCCUCGCGGCGCCCCGCGCUGCAUGCUUAUAAGUACAGCGGCACGGACAAGUCCCUCGUAUCCAAGUACAUCCUAGGGCCCUACUGGAACGCGCUUGUCUCGUUCUUCCCCAAGAGCGUCGCACCCAACACCAUCACGCUCUCCGGCCUGGCUUUAGUUUUUCUCAACUUCAUCACUCUUCUCGCCGUUGAUGGCGCGCUCAAAUGCGGCACAGACGCCCGCCUGCAGGCCAUUGCGCGCGACUUGAACUUGUCAGAGGGCCUGAACACCUCUGCGGCAAAUGCGACAGCGGCCGUUGGUGCUGCAGUAUUAACCCUGGGCCUGCCUGUCCGGCCUCUGCUGGCGCGAUAUGGCCUGCCGAAGAGCAUCGAGGUCGAUGAAGCUGGCUGGGGGUUUUGGAACUUUAUUACGCACGGAUCUACAGCCAGCGAUCACAGCCAUUGCCUUCCGCACUGGGUCUACCUCACCUGGGCAAUCGGUCUUUUCGCUUACCAAUCGCUGGACUCGAUCGACGGCAAGCAAGCGCGCCGGACAGGCAUGGCAGGGCCCCUGGGCGAGCUCUUCGACCACGGCUGCGAUGCAAUUAACACCACGCUCGAGUGCCUCCUGUGCGCUGCGGCCAUGAACCUGGGUCGCUCGUACUGGACCAUCGCCUCGCUCGUUGCGACGCUCUCCAACUUUUACCUCACCACUUGGGAGGAGUAUCACACCGGCACACUUUUCCUCUCCGCAUUUUCAGGACCCGUAGAGGGCAUCUUGAUGAUCUGCGUCAUCUACGUGAUCACUGCUUUACUGGGCGGGCCCGCUUUCUGGGAUCAAGGCGUGCUGAAUGUCACGGGCCUGAGCGAAGCGAGCUUUGUCAGGAACAGCGCGCUCAAGAACUGGAACCUCCCGCUCAACGACGCCUUCCUCUCCUUUGGGGCUGCUGGGCUCUUUGCGAAUGUCAUCACAAGCUACUCCAAUGUGGCUGCCGCACGGAGCAAACGCGGUCAGUCGGCACUGACGCCCGCUGCCGGCCUGCUGCCUCUCAUCUUGCAAGUGGCCAUCAACAUCUUUUGGCUGACGGCACAAGACGCGCGAAUCAUCGCCGACGGACAAGCCUUCAUCCCUUUCUGCAUCUUCUGGGGGCUUAGCUUCGCGUACAAUGUCGGCCUUCUCAUCGUCGCGCACGUCACGAAGGCGCGCUUCCCUUUCUGGAACCUGACGCUCGUAUGGAGCGCACUCGGCGCCAUCGACGCGCAACUCCCCACGCCGCUCAUCCAGCACUCGCAGGCAGCGACGCGUGCGGCUGUGUACGUCAGCCUUGUGCUCACCGCGCUGCUAUACGGCCACUUUUGCUGGCACGUCGUCACGACCAUCACCGACGAGCUCGGCACAGCCUGUUUUGUCGUCCAGCCUCCGAGGAAACUGAACAAGGAGCUGGGCAAGGCCGUCGAGUUGGAGGAGAGUAACAAACGCGAUGCCGACCGGAAGGCCAAGGGCAAGCGUAAAGAGAAGCUGCCAAGGUAAUGGGAAGGAUGUAAAAGAGGGUCAAGGCCUUUCACCAUCAUGGAAUUCAACUUAUUAAUGCUGCAAGACGCCCAGUAAUAUACCUAGGCUAAAAAUAGAUUGCGAUCG